UACUAUCAUUAUUGAUUGUGAUGCUGAAAUUGUCCCAGUUUUGGCCAUUGGGACACCCUUCAAGCUAGUUCUUGUGUCCUAUUGACAUCUCAAUAUUAUUCUAGGAGUACUUCCUUACAUUGUACUGGAAGAUGUUUCAGGCUCUUCUUGUACUUUUCCUGACCCAACCAUUUUGAUCAUUUUACCAGCUAUUUCUCCCUGGAUCUCUGAUUCCUUUUAUUUGAGAAUGCAUUUUUAGAACCAAGAUCUGGAUGCUAUGUGUGGUCAUUGCUACUGGAGUGUUACUGUUUUUAAGCCAUUUUAGCAGACAGAGCUAUGAAAUUCACAAACAUACACAUACAUACAUCCAUAUCUCUUUCUGUAUUUUUCCAUGUAUUUAUACUAAAACCCAUGAGUUUACUCCAAUAUCUCCCACUCUACUCCAAUACCAUAGAGCUGAUUCUAGUCUUUACCCUUUUUCUGUUUCUAACCUCCUUCUCUAAUGGUGAAAGUUCUGGCUCCCAUUAUCCUCGAGAUUGGUUAUGUUAUCUUUUAUAUAACCAAACUCCUGACCUCACAGACCACCCCUUUAGCCCCAAUUCCUCCUUAGACUCAGUCCUACUGGCCCCACUAGACUCCUCUUGGCUUUAAAUUAAACAACUAAAAAGUUAUGGAGCAGGAAUUCAAACCUCCAAGCCGCUAGUUACUUGACAUUGGGGCUCUUUAUUGGGUCUUCAACCCUAACAAAACCUGUUUGCUUCUGUGAAGAUAGAUGUUCAUGGAAAGAGGGCCCUCGGGUUAAUGAGAUGAAGAUUUAACCAGGCUAAGUGUCAGCCCAUAGGGACUUACCUUCCCUAAGGAACAUAAAAGGAUAGAGCCAAAUGCUGCCACCUGCCACGAACCACAGUGAGAGUAUUCUCCAAAAUUGAUGAGGUUCAGAAACUAGUCAACCAGCACCUUUAAUGUCACAAAUACCCCACUAUGUUUUAUUAUAUCAAUAAUACAUUCCACUAAGACAUAAACAUAUUACUGUGCUCUAUUUAUAAAGAUAGAAAUAUCGCUUUUAUUAGCAGCUUCCUAAAUUGAAAUUCUAGGAUAUGGAUGAUGGUGUCUUCUGUUUUAGUGCUAACUUCAUUUCCUGGUCCAGAAGAUCAGAAAUAUGUUCAUGUUUUAGAGAACAGCAUGAAGUCCAUCUGUUCAGAAUUGCUUAUCUGAAGAAAUGGAUACUUCUCCUUCCAAAAAAUAUCCAGUUAAAAAACGGGUGAAAAUACAUCCCAACACAGUGAUGGUGAAAUAUACUUCUCAUUAUCCCCAGCCUGGGGAUGAUGGAUAUGAAGAAAUCAAUGAAGAUUAUGGAAAUUUUAUAGAAGAAAAUCCAAAGAAAGGUCUGCUGAGCGAAAUGAAAAGAAAAGGAAGAACUUUCUUUGGAGCUGUGGAUACCAGACCGCCACCAACAGAAGACCCAAUGACCAAUGAGAUUAGACAAUUCCAGAGCUUUGCAGAAAAAAAUAUUUUUCAGUCCCGAAAAAUGUGGAUAGUGUUGUUUGGAUCUGCUUUGGCUCAUGGAUGUGUAGCUCUUAUUACUAGGCUUGUCUCUGAUCGUUCUAAAGUUCCAUCUCUAGAACUGAUUUUUAUCCGUUCUGUCUUGCAGGUCUUAUCUGUGUUAGUUGUAUGUUACUAUCAGGAGGCCCCCUUUGGACCCAGUGGAUACAGAUUACGACUAUUCUUUUAUGGUGUAUGCAAUGUUAUUUCUAUCACCUGUGCUUAUACAUCAUUUUCAAUAGUUCCUCCCAGCAAUGGGACCACUAUGUGGAGAGCCACAACCACAGUCUUCAGUGCCAUUUUGGCUUUUUUACUCGUAGAUGAGAAAAUGGCUUAUGUUGACAUGGCUACAGUUGUUUGCAGCAUUUUAGGUGUUUGUCUUGUCAUGAUCCCCAACAUUGUUGAUGAAGACAAUUCUUUGUUAAAUGCCUGGAAAGAAGCCUUCGGGUAUACCAUGACUGUGAUGGCUGGACUGACCACUGCUCUUUCUAUGAUAGUGUACAGAUCCAUCAAGGAGAAGAUCAGCAUGUGGACUGCACUGUUUACCUUUGGUUGGACUGGGACAGUCUGGGGAGUAUCUACCAUGUUUGUUCUUCAAGAACCCAUCAUCCCAUUAGAUGGAGAAACCUGGAGUUAUCUCAUUGCUAUAUGUGUCUGUUCUACUGUAGCCUUCUUAGGAGUUUAUUAUGCCUUGGACAAAUUCCAUCCAGCUUUGGUUAGCACAGUACAACAUCUGGAGAUUGUGGUAGCUAUGGUCUUACAGCUUUUAGUGUUGCACAUAUUUCCUAGUGUCUAUGAUGUCUUUGGAGGGGUAAUCAUUAUGAUUAGUGUUUUUGUCCUUGCUGGCUAUAAACUAUACUGGAUGAAUUUAAAAAGGCAGGAUUAUCAGGAAAUACUAGACUCUCCCAUUAAAUGAAUAACUGAUUAUUAUUAUCUUGUUAAUGUUCAGUUAUUAAUAUGUACACUGCCAUUUUAAUGUUUAUAAAUGUCUUUUGUGUUGUAUAAUUGACAGAGUGUUAUAUAAUAUAUAAUUAAUAUAUACAGAUGCAGAAAAAUUUAUUCUAUUCUAAUAUAUUCAAAUAAAAAUAUUAAAUAUGUGAAAUAUGUCAUGAA